UUGAUUAAAGUUUUAUUACUCCAAGUUAAUUAAAUUGGGGGAGAAAAAGGGGAAGCAAAAUUCGAACAUAAACCAAGAUGGAGAUUUCGGAAGAGGGACUAGAGCCAGUGAGCCCUACUGGCCACUAUUUCAACAACUCUGUUUUAUCAAUAUCAGUUCUUGCUGUUUUGGAAUAUGAAAUUCCAAUUGAUGACUCUCAAUUUCUGUCAUUGCUCGAGAACGUGUUCCUGCCGAUCAACCCACGCUUCUCCUCUAUCAUGAUUGAAAAAAAGGGAAAGAAACAAUGGAAAAGGGUUGAAGUGAAGCUUGAAGACCAUGUUAAAACCCCAAUCUUCCCUUCCAACUUGUCGAAUGAAUCAUAUGACGAGUAUUUUGAUGACUAUUUGUCAAACUUAGCAACAAAGAGAUUUCCACAAGACAAACCACUGUGGGAAUUUCAUGUUAUAAAGUACCCAAAUAGCAAUGCAGCUGGUAAUGUUGUAUUUAAGUUGCACCAUGCGUUAGGUGAUGGCUACUCACUCAUGGGCGCUCUUCUCUCUUGUCUACAAAGGGCUGACAAUCCUUCUCUUCCCUUAACUUUUCCUUCACGGCAGCCAUCGAAACCGAAGAAUGAAAAUGUUAUGACCAGAACUUUCUCAUCCUUGUUGAACACCAUGUCCGAUAUUUGGUGGGGCAUUUCAAAGAGCAUCACCGGGGAAGAUGAUCGAUCACCAAUAAAAUCCUCGAACAUUGGAUUCGAGUUCGCGCCAAUUACAGUAUCAACUGUGACAAUCUCUCUUGAUCACAUCAAAUUAAUUAAAAGCAGGCUUGGAGUGACGAUAAAUGACGUCCUUACCGGGAUGGUCUUUCUUGGCACUCGACUAUAUAUGCAAGAGAUGAACCAAAGCUCAAGGGAAGCCCAUAGCACUGCAUUGAUUUUACUAAAUACGAGGGUCAUGGGGAAUUAUACUUCGGUUGAAGAAAUGGUCAAACCCGACAGCAAGAGCCCAUGGGGAAAUCAUAUUACAUUCUUGCAGAUUCCCAUUCCCAAUUUGACUGAAUUCUCAAACACACUUGACUUUGUCUGGAAGGCUCAAAAAACUAUCAAGACGAAAAGAAAUUCUUUAGCUAUUUAUUUCACUAGUGGGCUAUUGCAGAUGUUGAACAGGUUUGGAGGCCACGAGGCAGCAUCAAGAUUCAUCCAUAGAACAUUAACGAACUCGAGCAUGGCAUUUACAAAUUUGAUCGGGCCCGUGGAACAAAUGUCAUUGGCUAACCAACCAAUAAAAGGAUUAUACUUUAUGAUAGUUGGAUCACCUCUGGAUCUUGACAUAUCAGUCCUAAGUUAUAUGGGAAAAGUGAGGCUUACCUUAACAAUGAAAAAAGGCAUCAUAGAUCCACAAAAACUGAAGUUGUGCAUGGAAAACGCCCAUGAUAUGAUAUUAAAUGCCUCGGACAAAUAUCUUGUGCAAAAUAGCACCGAAAAAUAGUCACUCGUUUGAAAUUCUACUAUUACACAGAACAAAUUAUAGUGUUAUUAUGCACAUUUCCGUCGAAAUUUAUAACUUCAUUAAGAAGUUAUUGAAAACUUACAAAAUAAUACUACGUUUGUAAUAGUUGGUUAAUAACUAUGAUUUUGUUAUUA